UCGGAUAAAAAUAGAUUGACACAUACGUUUAACAUCACUAUUCAAUCAAGGAUUGAGCAUUCAACUUUAAUUACAAUAGAUAGAUUGUAUUUGUAAGUUGCAAAGUCCAUAAAAAAUCAAUAGAUUUAGCUCUAAUAAAACAGUGUGAAAGUUUAAACAUAUUGCACUAUAAUUAUAGGAUACUACGAUUAUAUUAGUUGAAAUUAGGGUUCGUAAUUGAACCAUCUGCGUUAAAUAGAAUGGAAAAAGGUGGGAACCCCCCUCCAUAUGGCUGGAGCAAUGCCAACACCCUGCAGCCACCCCCGGCUGCGCCCCCGAGCUAUUCGCAAGCUGUCGGGGGCGUGGGACCUUCGAGUCCCUACACUCCACAAUACCCGCCAUCUUCUGGCCCCCAGAUAGUCACAACUGUUGUGCCCGUCGGACCACAUCCAACUCACAUGAUAUGCCCUAGUUGUCACGCAGAAAUAGACACCGAUACCCAGACCAAACCGGGACUCAUUGCUUAUAUAUCUGGAGCAAUUAUAUUUCUUCUAGGGUGCGUGUGUGGGUGUUGCUUGAUACCUUGUUGCAUAGACAGCUGUAUGGAUGUGCACCACAAAUGUCCUCACUGCGGAGCUUACCUCGGACGUUAUCGACGAUAAAUACACACCUAGCUAUAUAACUAAUAUCGUUACAUGAUACUAGAAGAUGGUCGUCACUAAUCUUGAAACUAAGGCAUCUAACAAUGAUCUGAAAUAGAAUUCUCAUUAUUGAAAAAUAAGUAAGUUUAUUAUAUUUCUCGUUGGUCCAACUGUGUAUAUUUUUAUAACUGGUUUAUUUAUUCUGUAUUUUUAUAUGCUUGUAUUUCUUAAACAAUAUUGGACUUAGUAUUUAUUAAUGAUGUCUUAUUUUGAAGACCAGCAGCUACGUUUAAUUUAUAGUAGCAACUGGCAAAAUAAAAUUUUCUAAACUUUACGAUAUCUUAUAAGUGAAGGGUCGAACAGUAACAGCGACUAUUGCUGUUAUAAUAGAAUAAAUGAGUUGACGCAUUUUUAUACUAUCAUGUCUUUAAUAUUUUUAUUUCUCAUUUUGUUAAGAAGUAUUAAGAUAUGUUGUGUUUUUGUUGCACUGCCAUUGUUUCGCAUUUAGAAAAUAAUUGAAUGCGCCUAAUCAGUUUUAAACUGUGUGCGUAUGUACAAUAUUAUUUAAUGUCAAUGCAGAUAUGUUGAUAAAUCAUAUUCCAAUAUAAUGUAAUUUAUUAUUAAACUAAAAACAUAUCUUAAGUAUUUUGCAUACUACUAAUAAAAAUUGUCUCAGUAACACGAUAAUAUGCAUAUUCCCUACUUAUCUAUUCAAGUUUAUAUAACUGAAACCUUUGUUGAAAACUAACAUUUUUUGAACUUCUAACAGUUACCAAGUUUACAAGUGUCUCAUAUAUACUGUUAAUGUUAGUUAUUUAUACUUGUAUAUCUUAGUCUAAUAUAUAUACGUAGAUACAUUUCAAAAUUUUAUGGUUUAAAAUUACCACCAAAUAUUUACAUUGCAUGUGAUAAAAACUAGUGUUUUACAAAUCUACAGAAAAAUAGCUAAUGUUUACAGUAUUGUAUUAAUAGAUAUUUAUAAAGAUGUACUUUAAAUACUACUUAUCAGAAAUACAGACAUCUUAACCAUACAUCUUUACACUGCAAUAUCUAACUCCCUAUCCCAUUGCUAGUAGCAACGUGAUAUUUGAACUUAUAAAUGUUGCUAAUGAUUUUAUGUGAUAAUUACUGUUUCACUGUAAACAGCACUGCCCGUGGCCUGAGUGUGGCCAUGUCUCGAAAGGCAGGCAUUUCAAACAAAUUAUCAAAAAAUAAAAAAUAUGCAUGACAAAUGAAUAUUUGAACGAUUGAUAAAUUACGCCGAAAUAAAAAAAAUAUUUGUGUAAGUACAUAA